AUGUCGAAUCCUGGAGGUAGCAGGCGAAACGGGGCUACUAAGAUACGUUUGACCAUUUUAUGCGCCCGCAACUUAGCGAGAAAAGAUUUAUUUCGCCUUCCUGAUCCGUUCGCCAAGGUUACUGUUGAUGGAUCCGGUCAAUGUCACAGCACGGACACCUGCAAAGCCACCCUAGACCCCAAAUGGAAUCAACAUUACGAUCUAUAUAUCGGAAAGAAUGACGGUAUCACUAUAACCGUAUGGAAUCAUAGAAAAAUUCAUAAAAAGCAGGGUGGUGGAUUUUUAGGAUGCGUCAGAAUUUUGUCAAAUACUAUUCAAAGGCUCAAAGACACCGGAUAUCAACGUCUGGAUCUUUGUAGAGCGAAUACUGAUGACACAGACGUAAUUAAAGGUCAGAUAGUGGUAUCUUUAUUGUCUCGAGACGGUCAUAAUGGAGCUGUGAGUAAUACCGUGGGCCACAACGCAGUAGUUGAUGUCCUCGGUGAUUUGAGUUGUCCAAAUGAUUUGCCUGAUGGAUGGGAAGAGAGGAGAACUGAAAGCGGUAGACUUUACUAUGUUAAUCAUUACACAAGAACCACUCAAUGGAUCCGUCCUAACUCACGACCUAAUGCAAUAAUACCAACGACGCCGGAACCCCCGGCGUUGCCAAAUUCCGAGCCGACGUCACCCAGCAGCAGCGGCUCGCCGUCUAAUGUCCAAUCUGACAGCCCACCUCAUAUCCAACGUAAUCAGGAGACGUGGAAUGAUGGAACUCCGAGCAGAACUCCUAGUCGUGACAGCUCGACGCAAAACACUCCCAGGAAUACUCCAACUCAGAAUCAAAACCAGAACGCUAGAAAUCAGACACCGCCUUCCGCUGGUCGGGAUAGACGAACGUCCAGGAACAGCGAUGAGAAUGCUAAUGCUAAUGCUAAUGUCAAUGAAAUGCGUCAAACACAGCAGGGACAAGUUUAUUUCUACCAUGUGCCAAGUGGCGCGUCAACGUGGCACGAUCCACGAAUUCCACGGGACUUGCCGGCUAAUGAGCUAGCAACAGAGUUGGGUCCAUUACCAAGUGGCUGGGAGAUGCGACAAACUCCCAGUGGUCGUGUUUACUAUGUUGAUCACAAUAACAGGACGACGCAGUUCACAGACCCUAGAUUGUCAGCCCAGAUCAUCAACAGCUUACUAAAGAAACACACAAACAGCAAUAAUGGGGGAACGGCUGUAAAUGUAACAAGCGGGAGCAAUCCAUCUGGAAAUACCAGCAAUGCAAUUGUCACGCCAAGAACAAAUGACGUAGGUACCGAGUCAACUGCAUCGACUACAACCACGACAACUACCACAAAUACUAACACCACGCCGUCAGCAGUUAGUGUUGCAAAUACAACAAAUACUAAUCAGCAAACACAAGUACAAAGCAACCGUACGAUAUGUAAUUCAACGUUAGUUAAUAAUAAUUCAUUUACGGUUGAAAGCACACCGAUUAAUAUUAUUCCACAGACUAUUUCGGAUUUACCUAAAGAGCUUAUGGAGAGUGAAUUAUUACCCAAGUAUAAACGUGACCUUGUUGCUAAAUUAAAAUGUCUUAGGGCUGAAUUAAAUGCUCUUCAACCGCAGAGUGGUCAUUGUCGCCUUGAAGUAUCAAGAAAUGAAAUAUUUGAAGAGUCAUACAGGAUAAUUAUGAAAAUGAGGCCUAAGGACAUGCGAAAGAGAUUGAUGGUUAAAUUUCGCGGUGAAGAGGGUCUUGAUUACGGUGGAGUUGCUCGUGAAUGGUUGUAUUUAUUGUCCCACGAGAUGUUAAAUCCUCAGUACGGAUUAUUUCAGUACUCUAGAGAUGACAAUUACACGCUGCAGAUAAAUCCAGACUCAGGAAUAAAUCCCGAACAUCUUUCGUACUUCCACUUCGCGGGUAGAAUUAUUGGAAUAGCUGUUUUUCAUGGCCAUCAUAUUGACGGAGGCUUCACGAUGCCUUUCUACAAGAUGUUGCUUAAUAAAGGAAUCACUUUGAGUGAUAUAGAAGGUGUUGAUCCGGAGCUGCAUCGCAGUCUCACCUGGAUGCUGGAGAACAGCAUCGAUGGAGUGCUAGACGCGAGUUUUUCUGUGGAACACAGCAGCUUUGGAGUGCUGAGGAAUCAUGAACUUAAGCCUGGGGGGAAAGAUAUCACUGUGACUGAGGAAAAUAAAAGGGAGUAUGUGAGGUUGUAUGUUAAUUAUCGGUUUAUGAGGGGGAUUGAGCAGCAAUUCUUGGCGUUGCAAAAGGGAUUUCAUGAACUUAUUCCUCCGCAAUUGUUGAGGCCUUUUGAUGAAAGAGAGCUGGAGCUGGUGAUAGGUGGAUUGGGGAGUAUUGAUAUUAAUGAUUGGAAGGUGAAUACCAGGUUGAAACAUUGCAAUCCCGAUACUCCGGUUGUUAAAUGGUUCUGGCAGAUUGUCGAGUCGUAUGGCGAAGAAAUGAGAGCUAGGCUACUGCAAUUUGUUACGGGAAGUUCGCGGGUACCUUUACAAGGAUUCAAAGCUUUACAAGGAUCAACUGGUGCAGCUGGACCACGUCUAUUCACAAUUCACGCCGUAGACGCUCCUAGUGAAAACUUACCAAAAGCUCACACGUGUUUCAAUAGAAUAGAUAUACCACAAAGUUAUCCAUCCUACCAAAAAAUGCUCGACAAGCUUACGCAAGCCGUCGAAGAAACAUGCGGGUUUGCGGUUGAAUAA